UUUGCAGAUGAGGCGAGUUUUGCGGAUACCUUAAAGUUGUACAAAGAUGGAAAGUAAUUCUCAGGCUUCUUUUUUCUUGUUUCUAUCUUUUCAGUCGAAUAACUAAACUUAGAAGUUUUCUCUUUCUGGGAAAUGCAAGACUGAAAUUUCACUUCUUAACCCCAUGGUAUAGUUUUCUGUACUCUGUUGUGCUGUACAAUGUUAAACUCAUCAAAACGAAGUUUCCGUUGAGGAUUUCGGCAAAAUUUUAUCUCUUUACUUUUCAAUCCAUUCACAAGGUAGAGAAUAUGAAGCUGUUUGAAAUUAUUACUUACGCAAAAUAUUUCUACUGAUUGCCUUUUAGGGUUUUAAUUUGAGAAUUUAGUCUACCAUGCCUCGAUUUGGCAAGAUUUUUCUUUUGUAUAGGAGUUGUCGUAUUACAUAUUUUACCAAAGUAUUUUCCUAUUCUUAUUUUUCAACUUACAAAAAUGAACUGCGUAGUAAAUUAUUCUGUAGCUUAUGUUCAUCCAAACUAAUUUCUUCUUCCAAAACAAGUCAGUGUGUUACUCACCGUUUUUUAUUUGCUACUAAGAACUCAUUUCGUGAAAUGAGCAAUGAGGACAACGAUCCUUUGCAAAGCAGUCCUGAAUUUGAUGAAAUGACAAAAAGAAUCUACAAACAUCCUGGAAUGGGGGAAAACAUCCUCUUAAUACAACCUCGAGUCAAGCAUGGACGUGAUUGGGAACGGAAAGAAAUGUCUGAAAUCAAAAUGUCUGAAGCUGUAGCUCUUGUAAAUACUUUGCCUGGAUGGAAAGUUUUACUUCAGCAUGUUGUUUCAGUUCCUUCACUGAAUGCUAAAUAUAUUUUUGGACAAGGAAAUUUAGAGAAGAUAAGAUACAUUAUUCAAGCAAAUCCAGCCAUCACUUCUGUGUUUAUUGGAAUUGAUAUUUUAUCUUCACUUCAAAUGACAACGUUGGAACAGUAUUUCUGUCUUCGAGUAUAUGACAGGUACCAAGUAAUUCUCCAAAUUUUUCAUGAUCAUGCCCAUACAAAAGAAGCGAAACUGCAACUAGCACUAGCUGAAAUUCCAUACUUAAGGGUAAAACUUUGUGGAUAUGGACAUACAAGAGAUUUAAGCACUUUUUCUGGUAUACAGCAUGUUGGAGGUGAUGGAGAAACAUAUAUGGAAAUGAGAAGGCGUAUACUGAAUGAACGGGAAUUGAAGCUGAAAAAGGCUAUUGGAAAAAUUAAAAAGCAACGUCAGUUUUUGAGAGAGAAAAAUAGUAGGAGUUCUAUUCCCAUCGUUGCUGUGGUUGGCUAUACAAAUUGUGGAAAAACAACUUUGAUUAAGUCUCUAACGAAUGAUAGUGCCUUAUUACCUCAGGAUAAGCUAUUUGCAACUUUAGAUGUCACAUUUCAUGCUGGCUUUCUUCCGUCAAAGCAAAAAGUACUCUUUAUUGAUACAGUAGGGUUUAUAUCUGAUGUACCUACUGCUCUGAUCCAGUCCUUUCGAUCUACAUUGGAAGAAAUUACUUUAGCAGAUCUUGUGAUACAUAUUAGAGACAUUAGUCAUCCAAACACAGAAAUACAGAAGAAAACUGUUUUAAAGACACUGGAGGAAUUAGACUUGCCUGAAAAAUUGCUCAACUCUGUAGUUGAAGUUGGAAAUAAAGUGGAUUUGCUUGACGAGCCACCACCUGAGUCUGAAAACUCAGAUUUACAUUUAAUUUCAGCCACCGAUGGAACAGGUUUACCUGAAAUGUUGGAGAUUGUUGAGAACAAACUGUUUGAAAAUACAGGGCAUAACAUUACACUCCUUCGAGUGCCUAAUGGAGGAGAGGAGUAUAGUUGGUUACUGAAAGAAGCUGCUGUAAGGGACUCUAUAGCAGAUCCAAAAAAUGCCAACAAUUUAAUUAUAGAAGUUGUUAUAUCGUCAGUGAAUUUGGCAAAAUUUAAACACAUCUUUGGUGAUUUAACAGUAUCUGUGGAGAGCUUGUCAGAAAAUUUUCAAUAAUUCAUAAUAAAUGCUUAUUACAGUUGUGAUCAUGGACAUUUUAUUCUUUGAAAUACAGUAUAUCAAAGUACAGAACACAUACAUAUAUACACUUUCAAAAAUUAUUUAUAGCAAGUAUUGCAGUUCAGUAAGUAUGAUUUAAAUAUUUUGUAUCUAAAAUAUGAAGUGUAAAAAAUACAUUUCGGAUUGAAUAAAAUUCAUGAUGACGAAGUUUAUAGAAUUGUAUUGGCUUUAACAAUCUCAAACUAUUUCAAUAUUGCAUACUUUUUUCACCUGAGUAGCACAACAAAACAUUUCAAUUCAUUUAGAAAUUAAAACAUUGCAAGUCAAUAGAAGAACUUAAAUACAUAUCAAUAUUCAUACUUUUGAACAAAAAAAAUCAUAGUUUUGGAAAUCAUCAAUUAUGU